AGGACAGACAGAGAAAAAGCAUUCCACCUCUCCCACAACACUUUUAACCAUUUGCUCCUCUUUUCACAUCACAAACAAAGAAUCUUCAAAUCAACAACGAACAGUAACACCAUGAACAUAAACUAAUCUUCAAUUACAGAAAUCAUAUUAUAAUGAUGAUAUCUAUAUGUUCUAGUGGUGGAAUCUAGAGGAACUUAGAGAUUACCUAUAUAGAAUUCAUACAGUAUCAUGUUGUCUAGUGAAAAUGCUGGAAUUGAAGGCCAAGUUAAUGGCAGCCAUGGUUCGGUAAACAAUACAACAUCGAGAUUCCAUCAGUUUCGUAGGAAACUCGAUUGGGAUUGCCUUAAGAAAACGGGUAAAGAAUGGAUAAGAAACCCGAUGAAUAUGGUCUUGUUGAUCUGGAUCCUAUGUGUCACGAUCUCGGGUGCGAUUCUCUUCCUGGUCAUGACCGGCAUGUUAAAUAACGCGCUUCCUAAAAAGUACCAACGAGAAGCGUGGUUUGAGGUGAAUAAUCAGAUUCUCAAUGCGUUGUUUACGCUCAUAUGUUUAUACCAUCACCCUCGUAGGAUACACCAUCUCGUGCUCCUUUUAAGAUGGAGAUCGGAAGAUGUUCACAAGUUGAGGAAGGAAUAUUGCAAAAAUGGAACUUAUAAACCUAACGAGCGGAUGCAUAUGCUUAUCGUGGUCUUGUUACUUAACCUCAAUUGUUUUGCACAAUACGCGUUGUGUGCUUUAAAUGUUGGUUACACUAGAUCAAAGAGGCCAGCAAUUGGGGUGGCGAUUACUAUUUCUGUAGCAAUCGCCGCCCCUGCAAUUGCUGGCGUGUACACCAUUGUUAGCCCGUUAGGGAAAGAUUACGAUUUGGGUUCCGAUGAAGAAUCCCAAAUUCACAACCAUGAUGUUAAAAGAGUGAAAUCGUUGGAAAGAAGAUUGUCUUUUUCACUUUCAACUAGUGAAACUAGUCCGAAAUGGAGUGGAGGCAUACUUGAGUUUUGGAAUGAUAUUUCCAUUGCAUACCUCUCAUUGUUUUUUAGCUGUUGUGUUUUCGGGUGGAAUAUGGAAAGACUCGGGUUUGGGAACAUGUACGUGCAUACGGCUACGUUUCUUCUAGUAUGUUUGGCCCCGUUUUGGAUCUUCACCAUGGCGGCUAUCAACAUUAGUAACGAGACUAUAAGGGAAGCUUUAGGGACUACCGGACUCUUUCUGUGUGUUUUUGGCUUACUUUAUGGUGGUUUUUGGAGGAUUCAAAUGAGGAAAAGAUAUAAUCUACCACCAUCUAGCGCGUGUUGUGGUAAACCCGCGGUUACCGAUUGUGCAUUAUGGCUUUUCUGUUGUUGGUGUUCUCUGGCUCAAGAAGUCCGAACGGGUAACUCUUAUGAUAUCGUGGAAGAUAAGUUUUACAAGAAACCUGGGCAGGAGCCCGGUCGACCGGGCACUGGUUCUCCGGUCCAGCAUAGCUCCUCCUUGACCCUGGGCCGUCGUGGGCUUUCUGACGAUAAUAAAAGCUCGACCGCGCAGUUAUCAAUGGUGGAAGAAGGUUCAUCUUCAAGAGGUAAAGAUGCAACUCUACAACCACCUUUUCAAAACUCUAUAAAUAGAGAGGGUAAUUAAAGAGUAUCUUUUAAUUUGUGUGUGAGUUUAGCUUAUAUAACUGUAGACUAAUACUAAUUUAAAUGCACUUUUCUAGAUAUUGCAUAAUUUAUAAUGUUUUGAUUUGUUAA